UAAUCACAAUAUUUAAAGGUAAAGUGGAAGAAGUUGAAUUACCUGUGGAUAAAGUAGACAUCAUCAUCAGCGAGUGGAUGGGUUACUGUCUGUUCUAUGAGUCAAUGUUAAACACAGUCAUCUUCGCACGAGACAAGUGGCUGAAACCUGGAGGGCUAAUGUUUCCGGACCGAGCUGCUUUGUACGUGGUAGCAAUUGAAGACAGACAGUACAAGGACUUCAAAAUUCACUGGUGGGAGAAUGUGUACGGCUUUGACAUGACCUGUAUUAGGGAUGUUGCCAUGAAGGAGCCUUUGGUGGACAUAGUAGAUCCAAAGCAAGUGGUGACCAAUGCCUGUUUAAUAAAGGAAGUAGAUAUUUAUACAGUGAAGACUGAAGAAUUGGCAUUUACUUCUGCAUUCUGCCUCCAAAUUCAGCGUAAUGAUUACAUUCAUGCCUUGGUCACAUAUUUUAAUAUCGAAUUUACGAAGUGCCACAAAAAGAUGGGAUUUUCUACAGCACCUGAUGCUCCCUAUACUCACUGGAAGCAAACUGUCUUCUACUUAGAGGACUACUUAACUGUGAGACGAGGAGAAGAAAUCUAUGGGUCUAUAUCCAUGAAACCAAAUGCAAAAAAUGUGCGUGACCUGGAUUUCACAGUAGACUUGGAUUUUAAAGGACAGCUAUGUGAAAUGUCAGUAUCUAAUGACUACAAAAUGCGCUAGCAAGAAACCUUUCAGAGAGAUAAAAAGGAGAAUUUUAUCAAGUCCUGAACUGCUGAACUUCAAGCUAGGAACAACUGUUCACAAGAUUAUUAUAUUAAAUACUAGAAUGUUUACUCUGAUGGAAGGUGGAAAUCCGAUCUUUCUUGCAGACAGUACAGGGGGCUGGGAUCCCACUGUGAAUGUACAGUAUACAGAACUGUAGCUUUU